GGCUCAAAGUGGUGCUCUCCUAAUACUCAUCCUGAAUCCUCGUUUUUAACUCGUGUUUUUCAUCACCACAGGUCACAUCGGCAAGAAGCCCACUCUUCGAGGUUCCCUACAGACAACCAUACGUUACAGCAUUUGCAGCAUAUAAAGGCAGUCGAGCAAUGCCAAAUCCCUCCAUCUUCACCAACCUCCCCAACUCCCCAUUUCUUCAUCAUGUCGAGAAAGCUAAAGACUGGAACCUACAUCAUCAGAAGCGUCGCAGUGAAGGAUGGCUGCAUCGGUCGCUCGAAGCGAGAACAACAAGAUCUUGCUCCUAAGAAGGUGUUCUCGCUUCCAGCACAUCAUGAUGUGCAGCAAUUUGUAGUUGAAGCACUUGAUAACGGUCGUUAUCAACUUUGGGCUGGUAGCCCCACAGCCACAGUAGACGGACACCUUUCCGCCAUCCUCCUUUCAUCUCCUCCACCUGAAGAGUGGAACAUUGUAUAUCAACCAUCGCAGAAGGCAUAUACCAUAGAGACUGCUUCUCGAGACCGCAGUUGGACCAUACCAAGUAAAGAGGGCUUUGUUCAAGUCGCUGUUCGUCCUUCAACGAGACCACCACCCCGAUACCCCGAAAACGAGCUAUUUACCUUUGAGGCCAUGCAACCUCAUGACGAUUGAAAUUUGAACACUUGGAAAUAUGAUUUAUGAGAAUAUGGUUAACUAAUUUAAAUCAAGUAGGAGAGCUCGCAAUUCGUUCAUAUGGCGAAUCGCAACUAGAGAAGUUAUGAUGUCGAGUAUGACUGGCAUGAAGGCGCUGAGGACUGUUCGUGUCGUGCGUUCUCGGGACGUGUCAACGACAACUUUUCACUGGGAAAAGUCGGCGCCAAUAGCUUGAACGCCGCCAUAGUCCAUCGGGGCUUGUUCGCACUCCGAGUGGUCCUAAAGCAAUAGAACGUUCGCCGACCUAACAUCCCGAAGACCCUGCAACCACCAGCAGCGAUGAUCGGAUGUUGGCUGUGGUAGCGCCUAUAGAUACCCCCUUAUCAAUUUGACCAUCUACUCACAUCAGAAAGGACAUGUUACACUAGUACUAUCACAGUACUCGGACUUAAAUCAUGUUGAAACAUUUUGAAGUACUAGUUACCCACUUUCGUUGCUAGCGCUGAUGGGUUGUCACAGUGCUGGCGAGUCUACAAGUGUUGAACGUUGAACUGUGUCACAGUAGUUAGCAAGUAGAAGUGUGUGACUUGGACAGACUGUCAUCACUGUGGCUUAUCUUCCUGUCUUUACACAUAACAACAAGGUUGCCGCAUACCCAUCACUUCUUGUGUAUAAUUAACUGUACUUAUUCAACCGAAAUAAAGGAUACUACGG